GUGAAGGAACAGAGGUGGAUCAGAGGGGAUGUUUGGAAUUCUACCUAACCAGAUCACCUCAGCUAAUGACUGCGUAGGCUGUCUAAACUGGUGUCUUGUUCCUGUUUCAGUUCAGAAGCAGAGCUGUGAGGAACAAAGGGGGGAUGAAUCUAUACAGGAGCUUUGGAAACCUCAUGGAGGCUUGGGUGACUAAAGAAGACCGGUGUUUGGACUCAGCAUGGCUUGGAAAUAACGAUGAAGAUCCUCCUACACCUUCAUCCGACGUGGGGACAAACCUGCGCACAGAAUCGGAGGACUCUGGAGUGGAGACAGCCAGCUCUGUUACGUCCUUUCCUGCUACACUCUCCUCUGUCUUUAUAGAUAAUGCAGAAAGGGACACAUUUGCACCAGAAACAGAAGGUGAUGGACUCACUCCAGCCUUAACAUCACAGUCUCCUGUGUCUUCCUCCUUCUCCCCGCACCUCUGUCCCAGCAGAGCUCAGGAAGACUCCACAGCCUUGCACUUAAAAGGGGAGCUAGCGCUACAGAAGAUUGACUCGAAAUGUCUAAAGAACAACCGAGAGCCCCUUACAGUGGAUGCGAUGCUCAGGCGACCACCUCGAGCAUCUUUUUUACCCAAACGGCCAACAUCGGACUUAGUGAGAGGUCAAAGGUCAGAGAGUUUUAGCCUAAGGAGGAGGACAGUUAACCCAUCAGUGUCCACGCGGCAGAUGUCCGAAGUGAGGCCGAUGUUUAUGAGUUGUGAUGAGCAGCUGGUUCAGAAAAGAGCAGAGGACCUUGGUGAGGAGGAGAGGAAUGGACUGAGUCCUGGACUCUUCUACUUGGAGCAGGUGUGCCAAAUGUUAGAAGAAAUUGCAAGAAAACAGAUGCACAGCCGAGCGUUAACGAUGGAGAUUGAUACCCAGUGGGAGCAUCAAGACAUGGAGCUGCUGACGAUGACAAGAUGUCUCCUUGUAGCCUGA